AUUGGAGAAUCUAAUAACCGAACGACCAGAGUUGGCACAAAAUUUGAAUGGAAGAGUCGCAUGGGAAGGUGAUGCCCUGCAGGAAGUGUUAGGGAAAGAAAAGAUUGGACAAGUGCAUGGCAUGGGUUUGCUUCCAACUCCUAAGCAAGUCUACGGUCGGACGCCACGGUAUCUAAAGAACAUCAAUAUGACUACAACUGAUGGAUCACCAUAUGAAGUUGAACAUGACGUUUGGGAGGUAAUAGCAAAGAUGAAGGAGCAUAUAAAAAAGCAAGACCAGAUUAUUAAAGAUAUGAAUAACAAAGAAGGCUAUGUCAAUAAUGGCAUAGAAGAGGAAAACCUCCAAUCAAAUGAUAAUGGUAUUUCUCGGUCACCAGUACUGCUUGGUAAAACAAAGAGAAUCCAAUGCAAUGGACCCGUUGAGGCACGCUCGUCUAUGCAACAUGACAUUCCUGAGGAUAAUAAUUUAUCACGUUCGCAUGAAAAGGUUGGCGACCAUGAUGUCAACCAAUUACAAAUUCAACAAAAUUCAUCAUCACCACAAGACCUUGUUAUUGAUUCUGUGCUAGAGGUGAGGGAAAUGAGGAAUAUUACGGGUGAAUCUGUUUCGAGACCGAACCAGCAAAGGACUAGAACUGAACACCCACACCGCUCAAAAAGAGGGCGUUCUUCUUCCAUCAAGGUAGAGAUUCACCAAGUAGCAUGGUUUACUGCACCCAAAUUACCAACCCAAACCCUCAUUAUCAUGUCUGCUUGA